AUGAUUUUCCGAAUAGCGAUACUUUCAUUUCUCGUCGUCACCCUGAAAGCGGUGAACGGCGAACCGGUGGCGAGUUUGAGUGAAAAUUUGCGAUCUGAUUUGAUCGAUUUGAUCGAUUACAGAGAUUUCGUUGCAGCGGCUAAGCCGACUUUCGAAUGUCUCACUCAUGAUAUCGUUUUGGUGUUUGAUGAGACGCAAAGUAUCUACAAUGAUACAAUUGCUGAUUGGAAAGAACUCUCCUACAAGAUUCUCCAGGAUUUCAAAUGGUUUGGAGAUUUGAAAGCUGGCGAUGAUCCGGGUGUCUUUACGAGAAUCUCAGUUGUCGUGUUUGGUGGUUUGGAUCAUUUUGGCGGUCAUGAUGAACACGCGAAUCGACAAGUUGACAAGAGUGACGAUAACGAUUACAGUAGUAUGGUUCUCUUCGAUUUGGACAAGUAUCCUGAUUGGCAAUCGGCAAAGAGUAGAAUCGCAGCCAAUGUCUUUGUCUACAAUGGGCUCACCAAUAUCACUUUUGCUUUGAACUCUGUGCAACACGUGUUCGACAUCGCAAAGAAUUACGAGGAUGAUAACAGAACGCCGAAAAGAGUUGUGAUCACAAUGACUGACGGAUUUUUAUCCGCUGACGAAGAGUAUGCGACAAAAGCUCAAGCUAAAAUCCUCCGCGAAGACUACAAAGCUGAUUUGUGGUUUGUUCUCGCCGAGUUUAACGUCGAUAAUGUCGAUUUCCCGCAUGCUUACAACCUCGCAGUCGCCAUGACUGAUAAUAAGCCCCAGAGAGUGUUCAACUCGUCGAAAGCGGCGAUGAGCUCAAACACAUUCGAAGCUACGUACGGAAAUGAAUAUCCCUGUCCAUCGAAAAGUUUGUUUUAUUUGAGAAAGGUGAAAAGAACUUGGAUG